UUUGACGGUUAAUUGGGCGCAUUACUGACCUGCUACAGCAGGUACGAAUCAUUUAAAACAAGAAGCUACUAACUAACGAAGCGAAGGAUUUGAUCAUCAGGAAAGUUUAAAGGCCAUGGCUGAAGUGCAGAUUCGUCGCUAUGAGGAUGACGAUGAGGAGGAUGUAAAGGAUGUCUUCACUCUUGGUAUGAGUGAGCAUGUGCCAUCCUCCUGCCUGCAUGUACUGAAGCUGCCACGUACCCAGAUGUUGUUGGUGUGUGUGUUCUGCGCUCUACUGGCUAGCUCCAAAUCUCUUUUGCUGCCCAUACUGGCAGUCACUCUACUCCUGGCUGCAGGCCGGCAGGGAGUCAGCUGCAUGUUCUCUAGCUACAUCCAGACCUCCCUGCACAAGGACCUCAACAACAUUCGGCAGACCUAUCUGGAGACACCCAAUGCCUGCUUCUGGGUUGCGGAGAGUCACGGUCAGGUAGUGGGCACGGUGGCAUGUCUCCCUGCAGAACAGGUCAAUGGAUGUCUGGAACUGAAGCGGAUGUCGGUAAAACCCUCCCACAGACGGCAGGGCAUUGCCAAAGCCCUGUGUCUCACAGUGACCGACUUUGCCAGGGAACGGGGCUAUACGGCCGUGGUGCUCUACACCUCAAUUGUCCAGACUGGUGCUCAAAAACUGUAUGAGCGUGUCGGUUUCAAGAAGGUCAGAGAGUUUGUCAUUCCAGAACUGGUUGCUAGGAUCACCAGCUUCACAUUGAUUGAGUACAGGCUUGACCUGCAGCAGUCAGAAAACUGAAUGAACCUAUAUUCCAGUUUUCAAUAGAAUUGUUGCUUUAUCCCCUCAUAACUUCAAUGUAGGGCAUAAAGAACAUUGAAAACACUCUAAGUAUUGGGACAGCCAAAUCAGUAAUUGCUAUUUUUUAUGUAAUGUUUAGAUUAAAAAUUAAAAGAUGAUCAUAAGGCCAUAUUAUGGAAUCUAAGAUAAGAAACCAAAUUUACAUGUUCAUGGCUUUCAUGUGUGACACUAGCGCAACUGAAGGCAUUUAACCAAUAAAAUCAAAUUGAUAUUUUCCCCUCACUCUGCUGAGUAUACAUCCCUUUAAGAGUGAGAUGAUUCUCCUGGUGAGUCUGCAGGGGCCCUCUGCAUAGAUUUGUUAAACAGGCUUCACUGGCUUCUUUGCAAAUUUGUAUAGGAACAUAUUUUGUCCAUUUCAUGUGAUUAAAAAAACCCCACCUUUUGUGAAUAGUAACAGUAAUAUCAGGUUUCUGUGCAGGACCUUGUGUAAUUGUUGCACUGACCCAGAGCAUACAGUUGAACAUGCCUUUGGAUUAGUUUUUCUUUAUGUACUAUUGAUGCAACACUGUUCCUGUAAUUACAUUAGUCUUUGUGCUACCUCUGUUUUUACUUUAGACAUUGUCCCAGCUCUAUUUGUUUUGGAAUCUAGCUAUUUGCACAGAGAGCUUGGCACCAGUAAAAUCAUGAGAGAAUAGUGGAAAUAUGUUGCUACUGCUGAGCACUGACAUCUGCUAGACUCAGAGUGCAUGAUGAUAAAUGUUCAAAGUUAUUGUCUAUUAAGAGUGUGUUAAAGCAAAGUAAACUAUAAAGUUUUUACAUAGUUCAACAGUGAACCCAGAUUUGGGUUCAAGGAAGACCUGCAGGACAUUUGUGCUACCUUCAUACAUUUGAGAGCAUAAAAGCUCCAUAGAAGGUGAAAGGAGAGUGUUUUCUAUGCUUCUCUCUCAGUGUUGCCACAGUCUGUUCCAUUCCCUUUAGAGCAUUGCUAAGAACACGACUUGUUGUUUUAGCCACUAAUCCAUAGUACAUCUAUAGGAAGGAAGGGAAGUUUGACUCAUUUUCUAGAACCUAUUCAUUUAAAUAAAUCAGAUGUUCAAUUCAA